AUGGUCACUUCAGACUCAAACCCUUCUACCCAACUGCGGCACAAGAAUCUACCGUGGAUACGAACACCUUUAUUAGAAAGUAAUGCUCUCUCCAAGGCAGCAGGAUGCAGAGUGUUUAUGAAGAUGGAUAUGUUCCAACCGUCCGGAUCGUUUAAAUCCCGUGGAGUGGGAAACCUGUGUCUUAAAGCUGUUCAGUCUAGGCCAGGGCCAAUAAGAUUCUACAGUUCAAGUGGUGGGAACGCAGGGCUCGCUGCUGUGACAGCUGCUAGAAUGCUGGGUCAUGAAGCGACCGUGGUGGUUCCCGAAACCACCACUGAGCUCAUGAAAGCCAAAAUUCGCGUCGCAGGUGGCGAAGUCAUCUCUCAUGGCGCUAGUUGGAAGGAGGCGGACGAUUACAUUCAAGGUCUCCUAGAAAUGGACGAUCAAGGUGUCUAUUGCGCUCCUUUUGACCAUCCAGAUAUUUGGGAAGGAAAUGCCACCCUAAUUGAUGAGAUUAUUGAUGAUCUUGGAGGGUCUCCGGACGCAAUAAUUGCAUCUGUUGGUGGUGGUGGGUUGUUCUGUGGCAUCCAGUUAGGACUUAUGGGCCAUGGAUCCCCCGAUGUACCAAUUCUAGCUGUCGAGACGGAAGGUGCAGCUUCUCUUAAUGCAGCUUUACAGGCCGGUUAUCAUGUAACCCUACCCGCAGUGACCUCCAUAGCAACUUCUCUAGGUGCUCGAAGGGUUGCUGCAAAGACAUAUGAACUUGGACAGAGGCCCAAUGUUAAGUCGGUGGUGUUGAGCGAUGCCCAAGCCGCGAUGGGCUGCUGUAGGUUGAUGGAUGACGAGAGGGUAGCAGUGGAAGCUGCAUGUGGGGUUUCCGCGGCUGCUAUCUAUUACGGCCUUCUUGGGAAAGUUGUUCCCAACCUUCAACCAGAUAGCAAGGUUGUUCUCGUUGUCUGCGGCGGUAGUAAUAUUUCCGUAGAUAUGCUUGCCGCAUAUCGUGAAAUGUAUGGAUCGAAGGCAAUUAUAGGGGAAGUCAAUAGUAGAGACGUCCCUAGCUCUCAUACUUCUUAG